GUUCCCAGGGCUCUACGACGUCAACUUGUCGUCCACGCCUCCAAAUCAUCAUCAGAAAGGAUCCAUUAUUGUUUUUUUCCCAUGAAGUAUAGCCCAAUUGACAUGUAAUUUAAAAACGACACUUUGUAGACCGUCUUCUUUUUGUUAUACGAUUUAAAACAAAUAUUGUGCUAAAAGCAGGGAAGAACGUGAAAACAUUGUUACUAUGACAACGUAAUCAACAGUGAAGAACCUUGAACGGGCAUCGAAAUUUUCGUGUCUGAAGACUAAACUAACUUCAUUUCUGCCUCACUUUAAAAAGGAAAGAAAAAAUGAUUCCGCCAGUUGAUUCUCUUCUGAAAUACGAUACUCCAAUAUUGGUCAAAACAGGCUCGGUAAAAUCUCCAACGAAAACGCCCCAUAACAGGUGCGCCAAGUAAGAAUGAUUCCUCAGCCGUCCACUGACUCCAUACCAAUUCCACCACCUCCUAAAUCAAAAUAUGCAACCAGUGAAGGCAACAAGCUGGAAAAUGAGGAGGUCCUGGAUGUCAUCCUUCCACCCAGGGAAUGGACAGAAGGAAACCAGCUGUGGGUGCAGAAGGUAUCCAGUGCACCUUGUACAAGAGCGGACAUUAUCCACUUGAAGGAACAGCUGGACACAAAACUGGAGCAGAGACAGGCCAGACACACAGGCAUCUGUCCUAUUCGCAGAGAGCUCUAUUCUCAGUGUUUCGAUGAAUUAAUUAGACAGGUAACCAUCAUCUGUGCUGAGAGGGGUCUGCUUCUGCUGCGAGUCAGAGAUGAGAUUAAAAUGACAAUCGCAACCUACGAGACGCUGUACGAAAGCAGCAUCGCUUUUGGCAUGAGAAAGGCACUGCAGGCUGAACAGGGAAAGAUGGACAUGGAAAAAAGAAUUGCAGAUAUGGGGAGUGAGAAGCAGGAUCUGAUGAAACAAUUGGAUGAACAGAAGGCAAGAUGCGAUGCAAUUGAGAGGAGAGAAACUGAGAAGAGACAAGUGGAGGAAAGGAAGUAUAAUGAGGAGAUUCAGUUUUUGAAGAAAACUAAUCAACAGCUCAAGACACAACUGGAAGGAAUGAUUACUCCAAGGAAGUGAAACUUUUCAAGCAGGACAGCAGAUUUCAUACACAAUGUUGUUUUUCUCUGUUGGAUAAAUGAAUGAGCAGACAGUCUGAAAUUUAGCAUUUUAUUUUAAGACCAUGGCUGCAAUAUUUCAAACAUUUAACAGAUUGCACAUUUCUCUUGAAUGUCAAGAGAUUGGCUGACUUUGUGCAUGAUAAAUUACAUGUAGUUGAAAAGAGUUGAGAGGGAAAGGUGCAGCCAUUUGCUUGAAGUCAAAACAAGGUGACCACUGGAAAAAGACACGUCGAUGUUUAGCUCUUUUUUGCCAAUUUGUCAUUUCAAUAAAAUGUAGCCAAUUUGGCUCAUUUAAAUACA